CACCACCGCCGUCCUCGCGACGGCACAGACGGACGCACUCGCGCGCGCGCAUACAUUUACGCAGCGAGGAGCUCGAGGACGACCCCCACAGCAAGCAGCGAUGGCGCACGACGGCUUUCUCGGGGGAUUCCACGAGCUUUCCUGGCCUCUUGUUCAUGCUGCAGCCGCCGGCGCCGCGCCGUUCGAUCCCCUGCUGGUACAUGUGCCGCACGCGCUUAUGGGCGCCGGUGCGGGGUGGCAACACGAGGCUGCGGUGGGCGCGAUCGUGCCGUCGCAGUCGCAGUCGCAAUCGCCACCGCCACCGCCAUCGUCGCUCGCGGCGGCCGCCGUAGGAGGAGCAGAUGCCGUUGAGGCCGCCAUGAUGGAGCAGCUCGCGAGCAGGCUCGGCGUCAGCGUCCCGUCGCCGCCGUCAUCGCGGUACGUGUCGUGCCACAGUACGCCGGUGGCGCCGUGCGUGCUCGCCGGGGACGCGGAGCGCGCCGAAAGACUGUCGUGCUUCCCGGCCUCCGGUAGGAAGCUCUCGCGCGUGGCCAGCAGCCAGUCGCUUCUCCGCGAACAGGCUCCGGCGCCCGCGCCCGCGCCCUCGCCUGGCGCUGCUGCUAAACAGCACGCGGGCGAUGGGGCGUGCGAUGGCCCCUGCCGCAAGCGGAAGGCGUCGGGCACGAGCAGCAAGCAGUCCAAGGCCAAGGAAGCGGUCACCACGGCUCCACCCGAGUCCCGGGAGACUGCAGAGACGAGGGCCAAGAAAUGCAAGCUCUCCACGGACGAGGAGCGGAAGCCGGCGGCCGGAGAGGGAUGGCGUGGCAGUGGCAAGGGUAAGGAGCUGGUGGCGGCGGAUGCGGAGCCACCCAAGGACUACAUCCACGUCCGCGCGCGCCGGGGCCAAGCCACCGACAGCCACAGCCUCGCCGAGCGGGUGAGGAGGGAGAAGAUCGGCGAGCGCAUGAAGCUACUGCAGGACCUCGUGCCGGGCUGCAGCAAGGUGACCGGGAAGGCCGUGAUGCUGGACGAGAUCAUAAACUACGUGCAGUCGCUGCAACGGCAAGUAGAGUUCUUGUCGAUGAAGCUGUCGACCGUCAACCCGCGCCUCGAACUCGGCGCGGACGACAGCUUCGUCCCCAGAGACGACGCCAACAAGAUGUGCGCCGCCGCGACGUCCUCCAUCUCCAUGGCACAGCAGCCACUGCCACUGCCAGCAGCCUACCACGCGCUCGAGGGCUCGAGCCCGGCGUUCUGCUACACCACCACGCCCCCAGCUCCCGGCACCGCCGCGCGGCUGGGCGUUGCUGCGUCGGACGCCAAAGCCUUCGAAAUGGCUCCUCCUUCGUCGGCGGCCACCGUGAACCACGCCGGCACCGCGGAGCGGCGGCCACUCGAAGGACCUGCUGAUGAGAACGCGAGUCCCCAGAUGGGGGGGAGGAGCUUGUGGGAAGAGGGCGAUGAUGAUCUGCAGAGCCUAGUCCUGAUGGGAUUCCGGGGGCGACACGUGAUCAUUGGCGGCCCGAUCUGAUUGGCGGACGGACGGACGGACGGACAGUUCAGUUUCACCGAUCGCCACAUGACGACGGCAGGGGUUAGGCUCCAAUCAUUGGACAUUCUCCAUGAUUGUACAUAGCAACAGGACUGUCACACGCUAAUCGCCUCACACUUGAGUUUCCAGCUCAGCAGUAGCAGAGGCCAAGAAAACACACACACACACACAAAAAAAAGGCGAAAAGAAGACGCUUUGUUUGUUGCAUUGCGUUUGGGCCCCCGCACGAAUUUGCAGUUUGAUCUAAUGUAAUGUAAUGUAAUGAUGCUUAUACUCUCAUAAACAUCAAGUUGACGAAACUUUAUAUACAUGUGAGGCAACAGCUGCUGGACG